AUGUUCUGGGGCGUCCUGGCGCAGGAAAAGGAGGUAGGGCAGAGCAACUUGAAAAAAUUGGUGCUCUCUUGGAUGCCCCAGUGCGAACUACUCAGCCCAAGGGCUCCACCUCCCUUGACUUGGAUGUACCAACCAAUCCUCUUGCACCUGAACCACCUUGUAAGGGUCGUGGGAGUCUCUCAAAGGCAGAAACCCCCUCCGCCAUAUACCAUCUUGGAAACAGUGGAGGAUAUUGCAACUUCCAAAACAGGGAGGAAGAAAGGUACUAGUAAAGCAAUGAAGAAUGCUCUCACUCUUACCACUGACUCAGAUGUAUUGAAUAUGUGUCCCGCUUUUUCUCACUGCCAAGCUGGUGGCCGGUUUGGCUUUGCACAGUCCAUUGUCCCUCCUGGCAUGGAGCCUGACUUACAAGGACUCAAUAAUCCCUAUGUAGCGGCCACCAGGGAACAUUGUGCUCUGUCAGCUUCCUUGAAUCCCACUAGAUGUCUUCCACCCACUACCACCACCUCUGGAAACAACAAUUUGGUGCAACCAGCACCUUCACAAUCCACAUCAGUUAUACAUCAAUCUGAUGCUAAGUUCUACAAGAACCUGGACCCUGCUCUGAUGUCAGUUGAAGAUGUACAUUCGGGAGCAGGAGAUACCAGAUCUCAAAGUUCAGAUGCAUCUGCUGAUGACAACAAUGACGAUGAGGAAGAAAAAGAAGAAGAAGAAGAAGAAGAAGAAGAAGAAGAAGAAGAAGACGAUGUCGAAGACCAGGAAGUCAGAUGGGGAGCACACGAGACAGGUUUUUCAAAGGAAUUUGUGCCAUCCCAACCUCGUGUCACCACUGCUCUUCCAACUGACUUUGAGUUCCAACACUCAUGCGAUGAGGAUGAAAACAUGGCCAAGAAGAAUUUAGCAGCUGACACAUCCAGUGACGAUGACAGUACAAUCCAGCCCAUGGAGUAUAUUCCUGAUGAUGUUCUACAGCUUCACCAUAAGCGAAAUGGACAUCCCUGCCUGCCUGAUCCUGCCGUCCUCAAUCUUUUGCAUCAGUCUGAGACCAAACCUCUUGAUUCAAAGUCAAGUGAUACAAAUAUCAAAGCUCACAAGGUAUCAGCCAAGAUAGCAGGUGAAGGACCCAAGGCUAUGCAGCUGGGUUGGUAUGGUCCUCAUUGGAAGAAGUUCCUUGAGGAAACGAAGGAAGAGUGUCGUGUCCAGCAUGUGAUAGAGAAUCCAUUCCCGACCUUCAUUGACGGCUUGUCGGGAACCACCCCUGAGAUCCUCACAGCUUCGCUUGUACAAUGA